AUGCUCCUUCACCUCACUCACCUGCCUCGUUUUUCCCUCAGGCUGCGAGAACAUCACCGUGCUGCAAUUAAAGUGAUUCGAAGAAUGCAGUAUUUUGUGGCGAAGAAAAAGUUUCAGCAAGCUAGGAAGCCGUACGAUGUCCGAGAUGUUAUUGAGCAGUAUUCCCAGGGUCAUCUCAACCUGAUGGUGCGAAUCAAGGAGUUACAGAGGAGGUUGGAUCAAUCCAUAGGGAAGCCAUCUCUUUUCAUCUCUGUCUCAGAAAAAAGCAAAGAUCGAGGGAGUAACACGAUUGGUGCCAGGCUGAACAGAGUGGAGGACAAGGUUACACAGAUGGACCAGAAACUGAACCUCAUUACUGAGAUGCUGCAUCGUCUGGUUUCAAGUCAUCAGGGGGAUCAAGGGAACAACAGGUCAUCUCAGAGAGGCAACAGCGUUAAUUCAGAUCUCUUCCUCCCAAAUAACACCCUGCCAACCUACGAGCAACUGACCGUGCCGGGAAGAAAUGAAGACGAUAUAUCCUGAUGUGAUAAAAGGCUGGGUUGGUUGGGUUCUUCCCACCUUUCUCCUUUAAAUGGAACUUGGAAGGAAAUUCAGUUCAUCAGCCAUCCAAGAAAACACGUGACUGCAACAUCUAUACUACUAGUCUCAAAUGCACUCUUCUAAAACCACUCAUAAUAACCCAAGGAUUGACAGGCUGUGUUCUACCAGGCAAAACCUACCGAAGCUCCACAUUGAUUCUAUUAAUGAACAAAAAUUAUAGCAACUCAUUAUUGCUCAGAAAGACCGAAACAAUGUAAAGACAGGCAAAAUUGCAAAGAUUUAGAGCUCCUUUAAUAAUAAUAACAGUAAUAAUAAUAUUGUAAUAAUACUUGAACUUAGAUGGGAAAUCUGCAUUUUGUUUAUGAACCUGCAGAUAGCAAUAUAUUUCUACUACUAAGGUUUUUAAAACAAAAUAGGAUAACUUAUGUUGUUUUUAUUGUAUAAAUAUACCACUAACAUUCUUGCGAAUGACAAACCACAUGCUGAAUGAUUUUCUUUUGCUGUUUUAUUUUAACGUUGCUACAUAAACAUUAUCAGAUAAUGACCAGAUUUUUUUAAUCUGUUUUUCUUCAGGGAGGAACUAAUACUUAAUCUGGAACAAUACUAUUUAUAGUGGAAAGCGCUAUAGAUUUUUUAAGAUACCAGUUUUUAACAGGGAGACAGUAAAGUAUUACAUAGAAAAAUGAUUCUGCUUUCUAGAAAAUUGUUGCCAAAGAAUUUAUAUAUAAACAGAAAACGCAGUGGUCUGAAUGUACUUGUCCUGAAAUAGCUUCUUAAAAAGAAGACCCACUACUUCUUAAAUCUACUUCUUUUUUUUUUCUUUUCAGCUUAUGCUAUCCAAGAAUAGUACAACAGUAUAACGUGACUGGACUUGCAGGUCAAGUGCUUGAGCUGGCCACUUACUGAGCAUCCAUAAUUCUCAUAGGAAUCAUGGCUCCGGUUCAGGAAAGCAUCUCUUAUCCAGACAGCAUAUACAACAAAUGUAAUAGUUUCCUGAAUAAUUGAAUGAGAAAUUCUGCUCCCUACUAAAGUCAUUAGGUAUUCAGAAGUGCCAGCUCCAAUCAAAAGGACGCAGGGCCUAACCUGCCAGCGACCUCAGCUCACAUUAUUGUUGCAAUAAGAACAGCAGUGUUUGGCUUGGUGUGAUUUUUCACGUGCACAACGUGAACAGGAUUGGAGCUUUGCUUACUAAAGUUGAAAUUCAACCCUUGCUGAUAGUUAGCACCUCUACCAUGCACACCCUUCCUUGAAAGUGGAACGUCCUUAAAUUUGACAGUGUUGUAAAAUGGAGGAUUACAACAUAGCUAAUUAAUGCUAUGAAAGAUUUCAGUGUUUGAAAGCACGGAGACAUAUAUAUACAUAUAUAUAUAUAUAUAUAUAAACUGAUGCCCUAAAGCCUCAUAAUUUUGCUCAGCAGUUAGCAUUAGCAAUCUGUAGGAUGUAUAAGCAGUCUGAAAUACUGAUGUGUAAUGAACUGAGAUCGCAGGGAACCAUCUCAGAGUAUUGCUUAUAUGCUGAGCCUUGUUUUAAUCAUGAAACAUUUCACCUCUUUCACUUGGACUGCAGAGGAAAGUAUACUGUAUUUAUGUUACAAUCAUCUCGUCUUGCUGCUGUACAGUAGAUACAUGUUAAGGGUGUAGAAAUGUAUGGACAUAAACAGGAAUUAUAUCUGGGCAUUACGUUUUAUAGAAAUCAAAAUUAUUGUGAUGAUUCUGAAUAUUUUUAAAUGAGAUUAACUGUGUAAUUUCAGAUUAUUGUUCAAUCUCUAAUUUCCUAAUAAAAUACAGGACAAGAUUACCACGUCUUCUGUUUAUUCUACGAUCCAGAAGCACAAUAUACACAGGAAAAUUACUGGCUUUUCUUUUUUCUCUUAGGCUAUUAUGCAACACAGUACUAUAUAAUGUCCUUGUGCUGGUGUGUUGGUUCAUCUCUGUCCAUGUGAACAUCGCCAUCACCAAUGUUCUCAGAAUAAUCAGGUUUUGAAGUUCUGUCUGAGGCAAGUUGCUAGCAGGUUUGAUUCCACAUCUGGUCCGACAGAACCUUUCAAAAAGAGCACCAGGUUGGUGACCUGUGACUUCAAAUCCAAUGAUUCAUCUUGUUCUUAAAAAGAGAUGAUCCAAGCUGUCCUUGACCAUUUCAAAUCCGUUGUGCAGCUGCCCAAAGGGAGCCACCACAGCUACUCAUCAAAGGCAUGUCUUACUUCUCUGCCUGUCGAGUGGAUUGGAUUUGUCUCAUCUGUUGGUGCUUCAUACCUGAAAGACUUCUCUCAGAAGUAAGUAUCUCAGUGUCUUUCUUCACAGUGCAUUGUGGAAUAAGGAUAGCAGGAAGAUGAGCUAAACAGUUUGAUGCCUUCAAGCUGGACACACCCGCAGUAGCCAUCAUACAGUGAGUAUGUUGUGAUGGAACCUUGUUUGAUGGUUGCUGUUCAUGCAAAUUGUCCAAAGCACGUAAGUGAAUGUGUAGUAAUUGGCUGUCAAUUGUGUGUCUGCUCCACAUCCAACACAAUGGGACUUUAGUGACCGCAGUUAUAUAAAUGCAGUGUAACAUCUCUACAAAUCUUUCAUUAUUCUGAGCCGGAGUGGUUUUGGAGCUGGAAGAGGCUGCUGCCACACUGAUCAUUAGAGUAUGUUCCUUUUUAGAUUCCCU